AUGGCUCGCGAUCGCAAGGAUCGCGAGAUAGCUGUACCGCUUGAUCUCGGCGUUCCGUUUCGCCUUUUUGACCGCCAUGUUAAGCUGCGGCAUGGGACUCCAGGCCGGCUCGAUCCCCUAGGCUCGCACUCGCUUCGACUGCUGAUAUCUCACUUCCAGCUGCCUCUUCGCGUGAGUAUCGAGGGUGACGUCGAGGUCGACGGGCUCAAGCGCAGGUUUGUCCUGGUGGGCACAACAGCCUCCUUUCAGUGCCGCCCCACACUCCCGCUCGGCCAGCAGACCGCCGCUAACCUUCCCGCAACCCCUUGUUUCUGCAUCUACCUUGUUGCCGUGUGCUUUGUUGCUAGUGCCCUCCACGGCUUGCUCUUGCAGCGCAAGACCACAUCCCGUUGCCUUCUGGCUCGGCCCUUGAACCAGUCCUGUAGCGACUUCUUGCUCAUACCCUUGGAUCUGGACGUUCGAUUUCAAGUGGCAAGUGCUGCAAUUGGCCUUUUGUGCCUUACGCCUUACUUCCCGCCCGCUUCAUCCUUGCUCUUUACCCUGCACUGUAUUGCUCCACGACGAGCCCUGCGUGACUGA